CAGUCCGUGCCACAUAUCGGUCUCCAUAACUUUGUACAGUCAGAUCAGAGAGAGGCGCGAGCCGAAGUCCAGCGGGACGGACGGGCGGCACUCCUCCACCGCAGGAUGCUUUACUGGAAACCAAACCGUCUGCCAGAGGAGAACAAGCUCACGUGUUUGAAACGGCAGCCAUAGAGGAAACUUUUAGCUUCUCUUUUAGCUAAUUUGGGAACAGCUAAUGGUUGCGGAGGUUAGCCAGCGAAGCUAACAGGACUUAAAGUGGGAUAAUAAGUGGCAUUCAGCUGGGUUAUUUAAGCUGGGACUCUAUCUGAGCUCUGCAGGCGGACUGGAGGCUCCGCAGCAUGAACAACAACAGCCAGAACAUUUGCAUAACAUUGUUGUUAUCUGAUAAGAGCGAUUGUUCUUCGUGAUUCCGCCUUUUUUUAUUAAUUAAAUUCCUACUAUGAGGUCGUCAGGAAGUUUCCCAAAGCAGGUGUAUCAUUAAGUUGGGACUAAAGAGCAAAGAAUGCCUGAGGUGGAGGCUUCCAGUUCAUCCAUCGGUUUGGAGGACCCGCAGUGGCUAUGCAUGGUCACCCUGUUCAUCGCAUCCCUGCUCACUCUGGCUAUAUACUUCGUGCAGUUUUUCCAUCCUGGCUUGAUAGGAAGCAGGCAGAGAGGAGCAGCAGGAGCAGCAAAGAAGGAGGAGGAGGAGGCAGCGGCUCUGCUGCGAUGGGCGCUGUCACUGAACAGCUGGAAGAGGCAGUGGAGGGCAGCCUGGUGCAGGGAUCUGAAUGAGGAGGCGACCAGGCGUGGGGAUUCUCUUCUGUUGAAGUUUGAAGAAGAUGGCUUUGAGGCAUCAGAACUCGCCGUCAGGAAGGUUUCCAGCUUCCAGAAGUCGGCCACCAACAAGGCCGCCUCCUGCAGCGUGGUUGGAGAGAAGCUUCAGUUCCUCCUCAGCGUUGGAUCCACAGCUGAUCCCUGUAAAUACACGGCGCGUUUAGCUCCAGUAGAGCUCCAGGUAAACGCUCCACAUUCAGCCAGCUGUAGAGUCCAUGAAAUAACCAGCUUUAUUUACCUUUACCCAGGGAG